AUGGUCUGCGACGAUGGUUUGCACGCCUCAUCGCCCGCGACGCCGCGCAAGUCCCUGCGUAGACUCUCAUCUACCAGAGGUUUCAAACCGCCUUCCGACUACACCUGGAUUCGCGUGUUCGAAGGUCUCGAGCCCUUCGCGAUCGAUGCUCCAAGUAAACUAGUUAAGGUGUUCAGUAAUACGACCGUUGAAGAUGUUAAUAAGUUUCUUGGAUUGAGUGAGGAGCUAACUUUGUGGUUGCAAAUCGGUGCCGAACAAUCUAGACGGAUGGAGCUGCAUGAAUGCCCCUUGAAGAUCCAGGAGCAGUUUCUAACAAUGCUCGGAUGGAGGUCAAAGCCUCGUCGGCUACGCUUGGCAGUGGAUCCAGAGAUGCGGCAUUGCAUACGCUGGUGUGCUGGUCCAGCUGCUAGAUCUAGUGGGGUAUAUAAGUCUGGAACCGUGCAUGUUCUUAAGGGCCAUGUAUUUCCACAAUGGAAACCAAGGCCUGCACAAAUUAUUGGAUCACAAUUUUAUAUUUUCGGCACAUCGUGGGACAAGAUAGAACUAAGCGGGGGAGCAAUUGAAUUUUGCCACCCCAAAGCACAGAGAUGGGUGAUAUGCAUUAAACCACGUUGUCACGGCAACCAUUUAACGGAUGCAGGAGCCAACCAUCUAUUUCUGGGGUUUAGUACAGUUUGGGAAAGGAAUAUGUGGUUCUGCUGGUUGAAAGAGGCGACUCAGAGUACGCAGCCCCCCAAUGUUUUGGACCUUAGUGGUGGAGGAAGAUCAUGUCUCGCGACGGCUCUUACGCGGCAUGGCGCCGAAGGUUUUGCUCUACGUGUUCUGCGCAUGCGCGGAAACUCCUUGAACAAUCUACCUCCACAAACGUGCUCGUUACAAGCCUUGACACAUCUAGAUAUUAGCGACAACAAAAUAACCGAGCUACCUAAAGAAAUGUCUCAACUUAUUCAGUUAGAAGAACUUCAAGUGAGCAAAAAUGAACUGAAAUCGAUCGACUGUGCUCUGCGGCUUCCACGUCUACGAAUUAUUGUGGCUCAACGAAACAUGAUUAAUAGCUUUGGUGUGAGUAAUUCAAGACCGAUGAGCCCAAGCUAUGAAAAUAAAUGCGAACACCGAUCACCUCUUACCAAUGUGGAUCUUCGGCAUAAUCAACUCAAAGGGAGCAUCAUCCUGGGAAAUUAUGAGCAUUUAGCGACCCUCGACGUAUCUCACAAUGCGGUGGAAGUACUAGUGCUGUCCUCUUUACGCGGUCUACGGGAAUUAUAUGCUUCGAACAAUGCAAUACAACACAUGGCUUUACAUGGCGCGUCGUUGCGGGUGCUACGAGCCCCUCAUAACCAAUUGGAGAGCUUGACUACAUCAGUUCCGCCUAUAAAUCUAAUGGAAAUAGAUUUAUCCCAUAACAAAUUAACAUCAUUACCACAAUGGCUAAGUGGAUGUUCCGAUUUGACCAAACUAUACGGAAGCAAUAAUCAACUUACCUCGCUGCCUGAACACUUAUUUUGCAGUGAAUUAUCCAGUCUAAGCCAUUUACACUUAGCUCAUAAUAAAAUAUCUACGAUUCCAUCUAUGCCGAGGCUUAGAUCACCGCUUAAGGAAUUACUUUUACACGACAACUGUAUCCAAGCGCUUCCAGAAAACUUCUUUUCGGUUUGCGAUAGACUAUGUGUAUUAAACCUAUCAAAUAACAGAUUAAGUCGUUUACCACGAGUCAGAGGAGUAUCUUCCCAUUGUUUAGAACGACUCUAUUUAACAGCCAACUGUUUGAACGACGAAGCGAUCGACGUCAUAGUUACUUUUAGAGGAUUGAAAAUAUUACAUAUGGCAUAUAACUGCGUAACCAGUCUACCUGAAAACUUUUUCAAUUUCUGGCCUGAUAUUGAAGAAUUGGUCGUAUCAGGCAAUUCACUUACCAAACUUCCAGAUAGCUUAGCUCAGCUCAAUAACAUAAGAAUUGUAAGAGCACAUUCGAAUCGUCUCCGAUCCGUACCAAUGUUUGCAUGUAGCGCUUCUGUGAAAGUAUUGGAUUUCGCUCACAACGAACUGGAUAGCAUAGAUUUAAGACUUCUUGCACCGAAACAGUUGAAAUUCCUUGAUAUAUCAUGUAAUCAAAAGCUGCAAGUUGAUGCUUCACAAUUUAGCGCCUAUAAAUGUCAAAGACCUUUAAGUUUAGUGGAUGUAACAGGAAGAAACUCUUCGGCGUAUACUAAAAAAAGUGCUUAUCACGAAGAACUUUCUGGUAACAUGCAGUGGGCUACUGGUUUCUCUGAAUGUCCCAGCAAAAUGUUGCAAUUAUCCUGUGGCCAAAUACGCCUACCUUCAUUUUGUAAUAAGGAAGGCCUGUUUGCAGUUAUAGACGGAGAAAACGAUACAGAAGUAACUAAAAUAUUGCAGACUAGCCUACCUGGAUUACUGUUAGAAGAGAGGUCUGUAAAAGAAACUGUCAAUGAAUACAUGAAAUACGUAGUGCUUUCUGCUCACAGAGAAUUAAAAGAAAGAGGGCAAAGAAAUGGUGCUUCACUAAUAAUGUGUCAUUUAGCUCCGAUAUAUUUACCUGAAAAUGCGUUUGGACAAACUGCUGUUAGAUAUAACAUGAGACUAGCUAAUGUAGGUGACACGAAAGCCGUCUUGAGUCGACGAAGUGGUCCUUUAUGCUUAGGAGCUGAAAAUAAUAAACGAUUAGGAAAUUCUUCGCGCUAUCCGAACACUGUUCCGGAUCCCGAUGUAAUUCAAACUGUAAUUAAAGAAGACGAUGAAUUUCUCAUUCUUGCAAAUGGUAAAUUUUGGACUGUUAUAUCAGUGGAAGCAGCUAUUAGUGAAGUACGAUCAGAACGUAAUCCAGUUUUAGCUGCAAAGCGGCUGCAAGAUCUAGCACAAAGUUACGGUGUCGAAGAUUGCAUAUCAGUUGUGAUCGUACGAUUUGAUACUGUAAGAUCUGAUGUCGAUUUACUAAUGAGAGAACUCCGUCAAACUAUAAAUACAUCUAAACCUGUUUGUCGGUCCGAUUGCUGUUGUUCUCGCUUAGAACCAUGCUGCCAUUCAAUUUCACCACCCAAAUCAAACAGCGAUCGUUCGUCGCCUAGUGGUCAGAGCGAUAGACCCUUAAGUGAAAUUCUCAAUCAACAGCAUUACGCGAGUGUUAGAUCUCAUAAUAGAGCCUCAGACCGAAAACCCCGCGGCGGAGUAGCUAGGGCUAUUCGAGUACGAGUUGAAGAAGAUAAAGACGAAGAUCGGAAGCAUGAAGAAGUUCCAUCGUCGGAGGAACAAUUUAAAUGUUGGGAGUACAUGUUAGAACAGAAUACGCAAAUGAUUUUCGAUAAAGAACUUGACAACUUGUCGAAAGGUAUAAAAACGGAUAAUAACACAAUAAAAACCAUUAAAGGCUUAUCAGGGAGUAGUCCACAACUACAUUUGGCUGGAAAACAAUCAAAACUGCCUUUUCUAUCGAAACAUUUUGGAAGUGCGAGAUCGUUUGGUGCUGCUUUAAAACCAGAGUUUCGUUUUGGCUCCGGAAGGAUGCCGAAUUGUGGACCAAACGCGGCAUACUUUGGUUCCUUACAAAGGCUAAUGCCAUAUCACUUAGAAUAUGACUUCGCGGUAAUACAAGAGAAGAACACACAAUCCCAAGAUUCUCUAGAUUUAGAAGGGCGCAUGCAACAAUACUGGGGUGUGGCGACUACAGAACUGUAA